AUGGCUGAUACUGGUGCAGCCAUAUUGGAAGAGGCUUACAAAAACGCAGGGGCAACUGGACAUGUUAUGAUCUUUGCAGCUGGGAACGACGGGCAGAAUAUCGACACCAGUAAAUACCCCUGCACGCUAAGCCGACUCAUACCAACAUCUGUCUGCGUUACUCACACGAACUUGGAUGCACCCGAUAAAUAUACGCUUGCUAAAAAGGCAAAUUAUGGCCCCUAUGUGGAUAUGACUGCUCCAGGCAUCGGAGUGUUCUCCACCGUACCACUUAGUAACUACGUCUACAUGUCUGGUUCGUCUAUGGCGGCCCCUCAUGUAGCUGGUGUGGCUGGUAUGUUGGCCUCUAUGAAUCUUAACGGUGAAGAUAUUAUCCGAGCUUUGCGCGCCUCUGUCCUGCCGCUAUCAGAUAAUGAGACCAAAUUCCUCAAGGACGGUGGAGGGUUCUUGAAUGCACGUCAAGCGGUUGAGAAUGCUCUCAAGUUGAUGGGUGGUGGCCAAGUGACCACCGAAAGUUGGCAGUCGACGGCAGUUCCUCCGAGCGGAGCCCCAGAGUCUGAGACCACCACCUUCCCAAGUCCGCCUGAAACGUUCCCAGGAAUCUCUCAUACUAUCGCUAAUGCGGGCUCGGCAUUUGUGCUAUUAUUGGUGCUGCUGAGCUUCUAGUGCAAGGCCCAGACUGACCUGACGGCCUCAACGGCCAGUUUUUGUGAAGUUGCACGACUGUGCAGAUUCUCACCCUGAGCGAUGUCUAUCAGUAGUUUUAAACUGUAUUAUCUCUUCUACUGCUCCUCUGUAUAUCAGAUAAUGUUUGAACUGAACUAUCAGAUGUUAGAUCAGAAUUGUUAUCAAGCGUUCAGAGGUUGAACUCAUAACGACGUUAGUUCUUUUCGCGGUAUUACUUAUUUGUUUCCCCUAGCCCGUAUCAACAAGGACCAACACUAUUUUUUGGAUUAGAGUAGGCAAGUGCCCAAGCAAGUGUGAUCAGCGAGGAGCG